GGAGCCGCGAGCUGCAGCGGGCAGAGCCCCGCGUCCGCCUGGCGCCAGGCCCCGGCCCGGGGGGCAUGACUCUGUUCGGCGGCGAGGCGGGCGGCUGGAGGUAUAUGGACAUGGCCAGAGAACCCAAGCCGAGCCGAGCCAGGCCUGGACAGAAGCGGCAGCAUGGCGGCACCCUCUACCACAGUAACUGUGACCUGGACUAUGAGCUCUACAGGGACGAUUUCCCGUACAGGGUGUACGAGUAUCAGAAGAUCCCGCCCCUUAUUAAUCGCAUUCCGGUCAAGACCAGACGAGCCCACGUGGGGGCAGGGGGCAAGAGCAGCCUGAUCCCCCACCCGGGGCCGAGAGGCAGCAGCAACGCACCACUGGGUCGGACAAAGCUGCGUGCCGAAGAGCUGCAUUCCAUCAAGGGAGAGCUGAGCCAGAUCAAAGCCCAGGUGGACAGUCUGCUGGAGAGUCUGGAUCGGAUGGACCAGCGGCGGGAGCGGCUGGCUGGGGAGAGAGGCUCCAAGGAGGGGGAGAAGAAGAAGAAGGCUCAGGUGAGCGAAGAGCCCUCGUACCCGGCGGGGGAGCCGCAAGGGAAGGAGAUCCCAGCUGCCGACGCGCCGAGCGACCUGAGGGACAUCGACAGUGAGGAGGAGAGCACAGACACCGAGGAGACGAUGAAAAACCACACGUCAGACCCGGAGGGCAGCCAGUAACCGGACUGGGGCGCCAGAGCCUUCCCCAGGUU